AAGCUGCAGUCGGCCAUCUUGGCCCCCCUGAGAGCUCUCUCGAGCAUCGCCUACAACGACAUACGCCAGAAGCAGCUGGAGAGCGUGUCACACGUGCUACAGAACAACGGGGACUCGCUGCUACACGGCUGGCCUCUCGUGCUGGAGGUCAUCGGUGCUGUGAUUCAAGAACAUGGAGAGAAGCUGAUCCAGAUGGCGUUCCAGUGCCUGCAGCUGGUGGUCACAGACUUCCUGCCCAUCAUCCGGGCCGCCUACUGCCAGGUGGUGGUGCAGGUGGCGGCAAAGUUUGGUCUGCAACAGCAGGAGCUCAACGUGAGCCUCACAGCUAUAGGACUGCUGGUGAGUCAGUGGUGGUACUUCCUGUCUCUACUUGAGUCUGUUCUGUUCCCGCUGUUGGAGAACGUGCAGAAGUUCUCCAGCUCCGCGUCCACGAUCAGGGACAAGGAGUCCACGGGCAACAUCCUGAUCCACCACUCACGUGACACGGCCGAGAAGCAGUGGGCGGAGACAAGGGUGCUCACGCUGGCGGGCGUGGCCAGGACCUUCAACGCCAAGAGGAAGAUGCUGCAGGGGCUGGGCGACUUCCCACGAGCCUGGUCCCUCCUGCUGGAGCACAUCGAGUUGUCUGCCCUGUGCCAGAACGCAGAGGUCUCCCUGGCCGCCCUCAAAAGCUUCCAGGAGAUCCUGCAGAUCGGCCGCGCCACCAAAGGCUCUGAGGAUGGGGAAAGUACGGGCCCGAGUCUCAUAGAGCCUCCCUCGUCAGAGGUGAUGAAUCGCACUGGCGAUGCGGCGGGAGCUGCCACGGGGAAAAAGGCCAACAACGAACUGUGCUCUAAAGGACCCAUCUCGGACUCGGCGGACCAUGACAUUCCUCUGUGGUCAGCUGCCUGGAAGGUGUGGCUGAACAUUGGCACCGAGGUGACCAAACCCCCGAGCUCCCAGAACGAGGAGCGGCCAACAGGUGGCGCCCCAUCCCCCAGGGUGUACCUGCCGUCCCAGAACUUCCUCACGGCGCUCAUCCAGACGUUCCCGCCCUUGUUCGAGCACAUCAAGUCCCGGUUCGUGGCCGCGGACCUGCACAAACUGUCGGCCGUGCUGAAAGGCACACUGUGUGUCCCCGUGCAGAGCGAUGCUUCUCCCUUCAUCGUGCCCUCCUACACUGAGGCUACGGUCACGCCCCUACAGGAGGCCUCGCUCGCCGCCAUGGAGGCGCUCAUCAAGGCCGUACAGAGCGGCCCCGACAACAUGCAGGCAACUUUCCCCGACAUCUUCCAACAACUGCUCACCUUCAUCAGCUUCGGCGUGCACGCGCCAAAGUUUGGGGAUCUGGAAGCCAAGACGUUUGGCGUAGUGAGAGGGCCUCAGGUACGGAUGAUUGAUUGUGAUGCUGUAUUGUAAAUAAGUGUCGGUUAUAACCCUUAACAUCUUCAUCGAUGUAAGUUGAAUUGCCGGUGCCAGUCCAUUUGACAGCCUUCCACGAUGUUUCUGUUCUACUUGACGAUCUACCACAGUCUAUAUGUCUAUUACCUAACCCUAAUCUUAUCCCGAUGACUGGUUGAGGUUGAAGUUAGGAUUAGGAUAGUGUUUCAUGUUGGACUGUCUAGUAGACUGGCAUAAAAUCGUUAAGGACGAAGUUUGUAUCGACAGCGCUUGUCAGAGCAGAGAAGGAUACGGCAUCCAGGCUGACAGAUGUAGAAAAUCGACGCAAUGAUCUCAAAAACUGUGUUUCACUUUAAUAAGGAUGACAGGGUUUAUGUGAUAGAGACCGCGUCAUUGUUAGACUUUAAAGGUCUCCGAACAAUUAUAAAAGAACUAUAUCAUUGCUAAAAAUGUGUAGGUCUUAACGACUGCAACUAGGUCAUUUUUAGACUAUAAAGGUCUCCG